GGGGGAGGGGCGGCUCGGGGCGACCGUUAACGGCCGGCGCCCUCAGCCCGCGCGGUGGGACUGCAGCUCCCGUGAGGCAGUGCGGAGAGGGGCGGAAAUACGUCACUCCCCGGUGACUCGCGGAGCAUGGCGGCGGCGCUGCAGGUGCUGGGCCGGCGGGCGGCCCUCGGUGUUCCGGCGCGAAGGGCGUUCUGGGGCGGCCGGAGGAAGGAGGAGAAAGAAGUAGCAGCAGACAAAAUAGUUCUUCAAGAGAAAAGUGAACCCAGCCCGAUCUGUCCCCCACCACGCAGCAGAAAGUAUCAUCCUCCAGAAGAUAUACAGAGCUACCUUGAGUCUCACGUCAAGGAGGUUUUUGGACCCUCCCUUCCGGGUAACUGGCAGCAAACACCCCUCAAAGAAAACAAGUUAAAGUAUCGCCUCCUGGCUCAACUGGCAGCAGAGCUUGGUCACGCUGUCCCAAAUUCACAGCUCCACCUGAUGUGCACUGCCGAGGAUGUCUUGAAUUUCUAUAGCACUCCUGUCAAGGAUGCGUCCAAGUUUGAUGAACUGUGCGCCUCAGAGCUGCCCCCAAACCUUAAGAUUGUCUGGAAACAGUGAGUCACACCACAAAGCGUUGCUUUGCUGUGCCUGUGUUCCUAAGGCAGGGCUGCAGAGCAGUAGAGCCAUUUCAAUGUGGUAGCAACUAAAUGCAUUAAUAUCGCUAAUAAAAGUUCAUUUAGUUGUC